AUGCCUCUGGACCGCGCAAACCCUCCGCCCGGUGCACUCCCACUACUCGUCACCCAAUAUGCUAUCACGGGGCACCCGCGGCGGAGCGAGCAUUGGGCCUUCGUCAUCGCCCGCAGCGCCCGGGAGGGCGAUCUGCACGAAUUACGGGGCAAUAAAGACAGCUUCACGUACGUUGUCGAGCGGAACGCCAGGUUCGCAGCAGCCAUCGCGAUCCGCGGAGGGGUCCAUGUCGGCUGGGUGCAGCCAACGCCCGCGGGGCUUAAGCACUUCAUUGGCGUCUUGCAAACGGAAGUCCCAGUCAUACACUGCGACCCGUUGUGGGACAGUCAGAACUGGACGAUCGAGGCGUUGCGGGCACUCAAGGAUGCAGGCUUCGUCUUCCGCAACGUCUCCGAGUCCAGCUUACGCAAGGAGAUGCGCGACGAGCGGGAGCGAUGGGAAUGCGCCGACGAUGUCGUAUACGAGCGCCUGUUCGCUGACGGCGAGUUGUGCACGAGCCCAAUCAGUCCGACGAGCACGACGUUCCAGCAUUGA